AUGAAUGAAGAAGCAGCUAACACUGCUGAUCCUAUAGCAGAAAGAAAGGAAGCAGGAUGGACAAACUGGCUAACAUCCCCUGUAAGUGGCCUUAUGGGAUUAAAACAUGGUGAAAAUAUUGAUUCAGGAGAGUCGGAAACCCCAGAGGUGAAUAACGAACCCAAAAACUCGUGGUUAUACGAAGUAGGAAAGAAACUGCCUUCGUUUCUGUUUAGGCACGAGGAAGAGCCUGUCGACAUGAACAAUUUGGCAGACUACAGUCAUCUGAGCACUAAGCAAAUCCAGUUCUUGGAACUGGAGGCUCAGCAAGGUAUCAUAAAAAAGGCCGACACAUGGUGUUGGUUUGAGGAUUUCACUACGACGUCACAAGAAGAGCUCGCUGGGCCACAUUCCGGAGAGUUGAGCGUUGCAAAUACCGGCUCAGCCGUGUGUCCUUUGCCGUUGGUCAAAUUUCCAGUUUCAAGAGAUUCGUGUCAUCAGUUUUAUGUCCAGAACUCGCUCCUUUUGCCAAACGUCCUGCCGAAUGAGCUAUUUCACGAAAGAUCAACAUUGAACAAGGUAUCAGCCGCCUGGAAAAACUAUUAUAACUUCGAAGGCGAGAAACACACAUAUCUGAGCCAUGGCACUUUGCAUAGCAGGCUGGGAGGGAAGAAGGCUGUGAUUGUGUCUUUCGUGGGCGGACUGCCAGACAAAUACGAGAAAGCGACUUUAGGGAAACAAAUGUCUGCUAAACAGCUCACAACCAAAUUAGCCUCUGCUAUUAAAGAAUUCGACAUCGGCAAAGUUGUGACGUUCUCGAUGGAAACCCCGCUGGAUCAGAAAUCAUUAGACACCUGUUGCGAAGAGUGCAUAGGGCUUUUGAGCACAUGGCACCGCUAUUUUCACGACGCAGACCUGCUUUUAUUUGCUGGUGUGUAUCAUAGCGUACCGUUACAAUUACAGGUCGCAAAGCACGUUCUUGAACAUCGAAACUUCUUUGGAUUCUCCGACAAUGCUACCAUCGGGCUUUUAGGUCUCGAGUCAUGUUUGGGUGGCUAUCAGUUCUGGGAUCACAGCUCAGACUCCAAGGUUGACACGAGCUCUGCAAACUAUCAGGCGAAUAGGGAAAAGGCCUUACUCCAGGGCUGUACGCGGGCACAACAAGAAACCCUUUCUCGAAUAAACCAAUACCGAGAUCCUAACUCCUCUGAGUCUAAGCGUGUACAAAGCACUCUCGAUUGGAUGUUUCGUCAUCACCCAAAUACCAAACUGGUAUUGAUAGGGAGACUUUACGACAAUUUCAUGACAGUAGCAGAGAAACUGGCAAUCAAUCUCCAACACCCGAGUAUAAUAAGGCACGCGUGGUGUGAAGGAUCAAUUUUAGGCUUUGACUUAAAGAAAUGCGCCACUUUUCUGAACGCGGGAGAGCAAAUCUCAAAAGGUCCGAUUCUUUAUGAAGAGACUCUUGAAAUUCCUGGAGACAGGGAGUUUGAACUGUGUCUCGUGGAGGAUCUUCUGAUGGCUAUCAAUCUAGGUCACACACAGCUUAUACCAAUGUUGAAAAUGGUAAGCCCUUUCUUUAUUUCCCGGUCUUUCAAUAAGCAUACCAUACCGGCGACUCUAAAAAAACAGCAACAAUACGAACUGAAAUCGUGGCUACAAGAGAUGGAUAUGCGAUGGAAAAAUGCCACUUUACCCAAGGACGGAACGAUUCCUGCCGAGAUCGAGAGAGCAAAUGAUUUGUUGGCCUACGUGUACUACAGGGCUAAUAAACCCGCUCCAGAUCGGUUUAAAUUGAAGGAUGGUCUUUUCCAAAACUUCCAAAUAUUUCGCACCUUUUUGCAUGAUACGAUGCAGACAACAGCACUGCUGGAGCCGCAAGACGUGAAGCUAAACGCCAGAUCCAUCACUCCAACAAGCAUUUUGAGCAGUCAAAACCAAUACGAUUUGGUUUGGCAAAUUCAUGACUUUCUGUCGUAUUUUGCUAAGGUGCGAAACUUGCCCGUUCUUCAAACUCAACGCCUCCUGUUCUCUUUAUCAGACCAGACUUACACUUUGCCUUUGAAUCAAUUCGACUCGGUGAAAUUUCGUCGUAACAAGCUCGAGGCUUUGCGAAGAAUUGAAAGGUUCUGGGACUCCUAUCAAUUGUGGAAACCUCCUACAAAAGGGCUUAAGCAGCUCCAGCGCAUCCUGAGCUUCCUGUCACUGUAUUCGUCGGGCCAUCAUCUUCAAGUUGACCUGAAGCGUAUACAAUGA